AUGUCAGAAACGAUUAAUUCUCAAGAGGCAACGCUCGAGAGGGAGGAAACCUCAAACUCUAGACCUUUAGAGAAGCUCAAUGAGGACGUUCCAGAAAAUAUGGAUAAUAUUGAGCUUCCACCAGCAUUUUCAAGACAGUAUCUACCAUUGUAUGGCAUGUGCUUGGUUGUGUAUCUUGUUUCCACUAUGCAGGGAUACGAUGGUUCCUUGAUGGGUUCCAUUUAUACCAUGAAAGAUUAUUUGGCCUACUACAACUUAGAUGUUAAUUCUUCUACAAGUACUGGUCUAGUCUUCUCUAUUUAUAAUGUUGGCCAAAUUACGGGUGCAUUCUUUGUUUGGUUAAUGGAUUGGAAGGGUCGUAAGAUUGCCAUUUGGAUUGGUUGCUUGGGUGCUGUUAUUGGUGCAAUCAUAACCGCUGCAACCACAAAUAAAGAAGGCCUAAUUGGAGGCAGAUGGUUUUUGUCGUUCUUCACCACCAUUGCCAAUACUGCAGCUCCAAGUUACUGUGUCGAAGUGUCUCCACCACAUAUCAGAGGUAAAGUUGCUGGUUUGUAUAAUACGUUGUGGUAUUGUGGUUCCAUUCUUGCUGCUUUCACCACGUAUGGUACCAAUAAGAAUAUGAUUGGUUCUGAUAAAUCCUUCAAAAUUCCAUUAUAUGUUCAAGUUUGCUUUCCCGGAAUAGUUGUUCUACUUGCAUGGUUUUUGCCUGAAUCUCCAAGAUGGUUGGUGGGUGUUGGUCGUUAUGAUGAAGCUCGUAAGUUUCUUGUAAAAUAUCACUGCAAUGGAGAUGAGAACAAUCCAUUGGUGGACCUUGAAAUGGCUGAAAUGGAGGAAUCCUUUAAGGACGUGAAAUUAUCUGAUCCUCUAACUGCAAUGGAUAUUAGACCUUUAUUUAGAAACAGGUCUGAUCGGUAUAGAUUGGGUUUAGUUGUGGCAAUGGCAUGGUUUGGUCAAUUCUCAGGCAACAAUGUCUGUUCAUACUACUUGCCUACAAUGUUGACUAAAGUUGGUAUGACUUCCGUUUCAACAAAUGUGCUAAUGAAUGGCGUUUAUUCAAUAGUUAGUUGGAUUUCUUCUAUUUUGGGAUCCUUUGCUCACGAUAAAGUUGGCAGAAGAAAAAUGUUUAUGAUCUCAACUUUGGGAUCUGCCUUAGCCCUUACGGGUCUUGCUAUAUGUACUGCCAGGUAUGAGGCUACUCAGUCUGAUGGAGCUUCAAAAGGAACUUUGGUGUUCAUCUACUUUUUUGGAGUCAUCUUUUCCUUUGCCUUCACUCCUAUGCAGCCUAUCUAUCCAGGUGAAGUCUCUUCUAACUUGAUCAGAGGUAAGGCUCAAUUUGUUUUAAGUAUUGUUGCUGGUGUUGCUCAAUUUGUCAAUCAAUUUGCCUCUCCAAAGGCCAUGGAAAAUAUCAGAUAUUGGUUCUAUGUUUUUUACGCAUUUUUUGAUGUCUUUGAGUUCAUUAUAAUUUAUUUCUUCUUUGUUGAAACUAGAGGUAAGACGUUGGAGGAAUUGGAGUAUGUUUUCGAGGCUCCAAAUCCAAGAAAAGCCUCUACAGAUCCUGAAUUUCUCAAAGAUAUCAGGCUUGCCAAUGGCUUUGAAGCUGAAAAUAUGAGAACAAGUGAGCCUAAGGCCACUGUUGAACAAUCUGAAUAG